UCCACCCUGGCCCAGGUUAAUGGCUUACGAGAACACACAUGGCGUGAUUUAAGUGCUCAGAGUUGCUGCUGCUAUAUUGCUGCAGUCUAAAUCAAUAAGAAGAAAAUGACAAACCAGUCUCUCCAUGUCAAUAUAGACAAGUGGAUUAAGGAGAAUGAGGCUUCUUUUUUACCACCUGUCUGCAACAAAUUAAUGUUCUUCUAUGAGUUAAAUAUCAUGUUCGUUGGUGGGCCAAACAUACGAAAGGAUUACCACAUAGAGGAAGGUGAAGAGCUAUUUUACCAGAUCCGUGGAGACAUGGUCUUGAAAGUGGUGGAGAAUGGCAAGCACAAAGAUGUGCAUAUCCGCGAAGGAGAGAUGUUUUUGCUUCCAGCACGAAUCCCUCACUCUCCUCAAAGGCAGGAAAACACAAUUGGACUUGUGGUGGAGAGGAGACGACAACAUUCAGAAAAAGACUGUCUCCGGUACUAUGUGAAUAACAGCACAGACAUCCUGUUUGAGCGCUGGUUUUAUUGUGAGAACCUGGGCACUCAACUAGUUCCAGUUAUUGAAGAGUUUAUGGCAUCAAAGCAGCAUAAGACUGGAAAACCUGACCCAGCUGAUCCUAUCAAGCCACCACCUUUCCCACUCAACACAAUGAAUUUGAUGACCCCGUUCUGCCUUAAAGACUGGGUAGAGAAGCAGAAGCCUGCAUUAGUCAAUGGAAAACCUCUGGACAUGUUUGGAAAUCAAUUUGAGACUGUGGUUAUGCUAUAUGGUCCUGGAGAAUCAGGGACAACCAUGAAAGACUCGGAUGGAUGGAUCUGGCAAAUUGAGGGAUCCUCAAGUGUAUCUAUGGGUGGCCAAGACUACAAUCUCUCUGUGGGAGACUGUGUUUUGGUACUUGGAUUGACAGAGUAUUGCUGGCAGAGGGCUGAGAAUUGUGUUGCCUUGUAUGUUGUUCAAAAUCCAGAGAGGAAGAGGCCUUUCUAAAGAGUGUGUGAUCUGCCUUAACAUUGAGUCAUUCAGAAAAGGUCCAGUAAAAGUCAAUGCAAUUUAUACAGUAGAUAACUGUACAACUGUAUUUCAUGAAAAACAUAAUGCAUUUUAUUUCGUCAAAAAUUUGUAGUAAACAUCUUUAAUCAUAGUAUUUCCAUACUAUUGAACAUAUAUGAAAUAAUCAUAAUGCCUAUUAAAGUAAUCAAAUAUAUGACCUAUUAUACUGUAGCUAAUUAAUUAAUAUUAGUCAGAUAUAAUAUAAAGUCAGAUGCAGGUGUUGGAAUUUAAGAACACAGCAGCAACAAAUAACUCUGAGUACUGGGUAUUUUAUGACUUAUUAAACAGAAACUUGAAUCAAGUGCAAUGUGUCAUAACAUCGGUGUCCUGGUCAGGUGGCAUGCAGUGCCUGAUGGGUGAUGUAGUCUGGUGCCAUAGUUAAGCUCACCCCUGACAUAUAUGAUAUAAUCACAGGUUAUCACACUAUACACGUAGUACAGCCAGUAUUUGGAAAAAUAAAGGAAAAAAGCUAAUUCCUAUACUAUCCUCCACACAGUAAAAAAGAUGGCGAGGAAAGUAAAGGAAACCUCUAAAACGACGGCUUAAAAAGUGCAUGGUUUUCAUAGUUCUUUGGGGGUUGCCGUCUGUUUAAUUAUAACACACUAUUUUCUUCCAAACGAUCAGGUGCAUAAAAAUAACCCCUUCCUAAGAGUGGCCCGUAAAUGACUGUCACUAAACUUUACCAAACAUCAAAAAAAAGGGAAGAGGCCACAGGGUUAUGGGUCCCCAUGGUGCACUAAUGUGUUGGGGAUCAAAGGCUAGCCUGUCUGGUCCAACCCCACAGAGGAACUACAGUCGCACAAAUUCCUGAAAUAGUUAAUUCUGGCAACAACAGAAAGGAGUCAAAAAGCACAGUGCACUGCAGCUUGCUUCAUAUUGUAA